GUCUCCCCACACACACAAGCGAGGAGCCUCCCAUUUUAGCUCUCCUCUUCCGUCACACCUCCUCCCUCUCUCCUCCUCUUCCGGUGGCCUCGCCCUCGCGCCGCCGUAGACCACCAUUUUCCCACCACCUGGCCUUGGGUGAAAGAGACAGAGGCCGGCUGCUGCUGCUGCGGCGGCGGCGGCGGAGGAAAAGGAGGAGGGGGGUGGGGGAGAAAUGGCGUCGGAGCCGGUGGCGCGGGCGGUGGCGGAGGAGGUGGCGCGGUGGGGCGCGAUGCGGCAGACGGGGGUCAGCCUGCGGUACAUGAUGGAGUUCGGGGCGCGCCCCACGGAGCGGACCCUCCUGCUCGCCGCGCAGUUCCUGCACAAGGAGCUCCCCAUCCGCAUCGCGCGCCGCGAGCUCGACCUCGAGUCGCUCCCCUUCGGACUCUCCAGCAAGCCCGCCAUUCUCAAGGUGAGGGACUGGUACGUGGACUCAUUCCGCGACAUCCGGUACUUCCCAGAGGUGAGGAACCAGGAUGAUGAGCUCGCAUUCACCCAGAUGAUCAAGAUGAUCAGGGUUCGGCACACCAAUGUGGUGCCCACCAUUGCGUUGGGUGUGCAGCAGCUGAAGAAGGACUUGGGCGGUUCGAAGGUGUUUCCCCCGGGAAUCGCUGAGAUCCAUCAGUUCCUUGAUCGCUUCUACAUGUCAAGGAUUGGGAUCCGCAUGCUGAUAGGGCAGCAUGUCGCUUUGCACGAUCCUGAUCCAGAGCCUGGUGUGAUAGGACUUAUAAACACAAAACUGUCCCCCAUGAUGGUGGCUCGAAUUGCUAGUGAAGAUGCACGUGCUAUUUGCAUGCGAGAGUAUGGAUCAGCUCCUGAUGUCGACAUAUAUGGAGAUCCGGAUUUUACAUUUCCAUAUGUUACACCACAUCUACAUCUCAUGAUGUUUGAAUUGGUGAAGAACUCCCUUCGUGCAGUACAGGAACGAUAUAUGAACUCUGAUAAGCAUGCACCUCCAGUUCGAAUCAUAGUUGCUGAUGGAGCAGAGGACGUAACUAUUAAGAUUAGUGAUGAAGGUGGUGGAAUACCAAGGAGUGGCCUCUCCAGAAUUUUUACAUAUCUCUACAGUACUGCAGAAAACCCUCCUGAUCUAGAUGGCCAUAAUGAAGGAGUAACUAUGGCUGGAUACGGUUAUGGGAUCCCAAUUAGUCGUCUUUAUGCUCGAUAUUUCGGUGGUGACUUGCAGAUCAUCUCUAUGGAAGGAUAUGGAACUGAUGCUUACCUCCACCUUUCACGGCUGGGAGAUUCGGAGGAACCCUUGCCUUGACAGAUUCGGAAGAAGCCUUUGCCUUGAUGAACGUACUGUUCUGGUCAUUACUGUAAUUAGGAUUCUAUUGCUUCCGCGAUUGCUGUGCUGGUAUGCAAAUAUAGUUAUGAAGGCCAGCCCCCUAUAUAUAUAGUUUAAUUAGUUGUCCGUGUUCUACUUCUAGCUACUAUGUGUACGUGUUUAUUCCUCAUCUUGAUGGAAUGUGAUCAUAACUCAGAAGCAUCUUGCUUCUGGUUUCUACUAUCAUUACAAUUGUACAACCUCUAAAAAUAGUCGUCCUCGAGCGAAUGGAAAAGGUUGGUUAAUCACCACCUCGUUCGAUAUGAAAUGAGGACUGAUGUUAUUUCACUGAAAUCAUAUGAUGAUGUUAAAAUGGAAUCUGUGUUCA